AUGUCGGAUGACGGAGACUACGCGCCUGGAUUUCCCGUUUUGUCUCAGUCGGAGGAAGAGUAUGACGAGCGGCCACUCAAUGGUUUGUACAUCGAGAUGGCCCCAUUCGGACUGGAGAAAAUCUGGGAUUAUGAGCCUGGUGGCCAUCAUGUUGUUCAGCUUGGCGACCACAUAGGACAGGAAGGUGAAUAUCGCGUCAUUCACAAGCUAGGCAGCGGGGGAUUCGCCAACGUUUGGCUGUGUCAGGUCCUUCGCAAUGGGACACCCCAUUAUGUGGCUGUCAAGAUCCUUAUGGCCGAUUACUCUAAAGACGAUUACCCAGAGCUUCGCGUGGAACGGCUUCGAGAAGUUGGAUUGGAAAAGCACAUCUGCCUCCCGUUUGAUCAAUUUCGAAUCGAAGGCCCAAACGGGUCACACCUUUGCUUUGUGUAUCCUGUGGCGGGUCCAUGUGUCUCUCUUAUAGCCCAACAAUUCGAAGACCCGGACAGAAGCUUGCGGAAAAUGGCUCGACAAGCUACUGAAGUCAUGGCUGCAUUGCAUAGUCAUGGCAUAUGUCAUGGAGACUUCACGCCGUCAAACAUUCUCCUAAAAGUUGAGGGCCUUGACGGUUUACCAGAGGAUGAAGUACUCAAAAUCCUGGGAGAACCCGUCAAGGUAGAAGUUUUUACUGAGUCAGGGGAGACUCCCUCUGAUCCUACCGCGCCUAGAUAUCUCGUCCGCCCGGUCGAGUUUCGCAAUGUUCCGCUGCCGUACGUCGUAGAUGAGAUUCUUGUGAUCGACUUCGGAGAAUCUUACGAUGUCACAAACCCACCAGAGGAGCUUGGUAUCCCCGAGAGUUAUCGUCCCCCCGAACUUGUUUUAGAGAAUACGUCAGGAUUUGGAUGUGACCUCUGGGCACUCGGCUGCACCCUCUUCGAAAUACGAACGGGUAGAAAGCUCUUCGACAUGUUUGAUGAUGAUGUUGAUAGCCACCUUUUCUACAUGGUUGAGAUGCUUGGCGCACUGCCAGAGCCGUGGUGGUCUACGACUUGGAAGCAGAGAAAGGAGUUCUUCAAAGAUGAAACGGACUCACUCGGUCGAGCGGUUCUGGUGGAUGCACUUUCCAAAGAACAAUCGGACCUAUCGACCGGCGCUCGGUCGAUAGAGUGGGCGCUACGACGAGGGUUGCAUUAUUGGGACUUGGGGCCAGGCGAAGAGUUUUCCAGAGAGAUUUCCCCCGGCGAGGUUGAACAAUUGGCGGAUCUGUUGAAGAAGAUCCUACAAUAUGAGCCUAGCCACCGGUUGACAGCGGCAGAAACGCUAGAACAUGAAUGGUUUUGUAUUAAUGGGAAUCAAAGACGCGGUCAAUAG